GCUACGCCUUCGCGCAGAGUGUGAAGCUGGCUGUCUUCGAGAAGAUCGUAGACUCGGCCAUCGAUAAGGCGAAGCCGAUUCCAGAAGCUUUGGCCCAGUAUGGGACCUUUGACCUGGAUGAGAAGCUCGUGAAGAUGCAGAUGGGUGCCAUUUUUGUUACGAAGUGCUCCAUGACACUUCAGAGUGACAUGCUGGGCACUCCCGAGAUCUUGUGGGAGCACGACCGCUUCGACGCGCAGUACGACUCCUGCCGCAAGUACUUGGAAGUCGGAAAGCGCGUUGACAUCCUCGAUCAACGCUUGGCCGUUCUCAACGACCUGUACAGUUUCCUGCAGACGCAGCUGGAGGUGGAGCAUUCGAACAAGCUGGAGUGGAUCGUGAUUGUCCUCAUCGUUAUCGAGAUUCUCCUGGACUUAUUUCACAUGUCACCCUUCUACUCGCGACGGAACUUCGUGAUCUGCUGCGCCUUCCUCGUCUCGACCGGUUCCGCUGCCUUUGCCAGG